GGGGCGAUGCCCGGGUGAUGCACCAAUCACAGCACGCCCUGCCCUAUAUAAGGCCGGGAGGCCGCGCGGCAUCUUGUGCUCGUCGGUGGUCGCCCUCAGCUUGUCUUCGUGCCAUGUCUGAGACGGCUCCCGCAGCCACAGCUGACACUGCCUUGGUUUCAAUGGACAAUCCUCCAGUUAAGAAGAGGGGGAAGAAGCCGGGGGGCCAACUAGGCGCUAGUCGCAAGGCCCCGAGCCUCUCCGUGUCCAAGCUGAUCACGGAGGCGCUGUCGGUGUCCCAGGAGCGAGCUGGCAUGUCCCUGGCAGCGCUCAAGAAGGCGCUGGCGGCCGCCGGCUACGACGUGGAGAAGAACAACAGCCGCAUCAAACUGGGCCUCAAGAGCCUGGUGAGCAAGGGCACCCUGGUGCAGACCAAGGGCACCGGCGCCUCGGGCUCCUUCAAGCUCAGCAAGAAGGCACUUCCAGAGCCAACCAAGAGCAAGGUCAAAAGGCCAUCUUCCGCCAAGGCGAAGAAGCUGGUUUUAUCCAAGGAUUCAAAGUCCCCGAAAGGUGCCAAGUCCAACAAGAAAGCCAAGAAGCCCCGGGCAACGGCAGCGCAGAAAGCGGCCAGAAGCGGCAGGAAGGCCUUGGGGGCCAAGGGCAAGCAAGCGCGAAAGAGCCCGGGGAAGGCCAGAGCAGAGAAGCCGAAGGCCGGGAAGCCCAAGCUGAGCCAGCAGAAAACCAACGCGAGGAAAGUGGCGUCCAAGAAAUAAGCCAAAAGAAGCUCUGCUGUGAACCCAAAGGCUCU